AUGGUUGACGUCACGUCAUAUUCGAAGGUGGUCAAUGAUGCAGCCUUGGAAAGUCAUGAGUUACCAAUUGAAGAGCUGCAAACUGAAUCAGAUUAUGAAAUUAUAUCAGUUGACAAAGAAUGUACUAUCAGAUUUGCAUGUGAAUGGAACAAUGAUCGAGUUGGGCGCGUUCUGCUCUCACUUGUUAAUGAUACUCCGAAUUUAAUCGAAUGGAAGUUACGUUGCACGACAGCAGCAAUAACUGUAACAUUUUUGGGGAUGAGUGAUGAUCGAAUGCUUCUCGAUCUCUUUCAUUCUAUUAUAAAAAUAGAUACAAGGAGAUUCUUUGAGAUUCUCCGAGUGAUCAAUGAGUUGCAAAAAGCAUUUCCAUCUGGCAACGGACAAAUUAUGCCUUAUAACGAAGAGAAAUGUAUGCUAACAUGGAUUCGUCCGAAUUACAUAGAGACAUGGCAGCAAAUUGAUUCUGUCAAAUUGCUCUUUUCCCUUCAUCUCUUCGCAAACAGUAAUGAUUUUAUCGGAUCAGCUGAUAUCAAACUUUGGGGUAAUUGA